AUGGAUACCGCCAGCCAUCCCCCGAAGCUCACUGUCGUUGAGAAGUUGAAUAUGAUUUCAACUGGGCUUUCGUUAAUUGCAAGUACAAUCUACGUGGCCAUCACUGGCGUAUUUCGCGGACAGCGCGGGCAGAAGCAUUACAACAAGCAUGUCGGCUAUGCUCUGAUCAGAGCUGCGGUUACCCGACUUUCGACGAGGCAGUUGCAGGCGCUCAACCCCCCAACUAAUCAGGCAUAUGAACUCUUUGCAACAAAAAAUGGUUUCACACCGCAGACCGUGUCGUUAGAGCAUGGUGCACAGGGCCAUUGGAUCGGGAAUAAAGACGCGAAGAAUGUCUUGAUUUACUACCAUGGCGGCGGAUUUGCAACUGCGGCUGGUCCUGCAUUUUUCCAGCUCCAAUAUGACAUCCUGAACCAGCUCAAGGCUGCCGGCAAAGAUAUCGCCAUCUUCUUCAUUACAUACACCCUCACUCCGCAUGCCGUCUACCCCACCCAACCUACGCAAGCCGUCGAGGCACUCCGCUACAUAAUUAAUACAACCAGCCGUAGCCCUUCAGACAUUUUCAUCGCAGGGGACUCCACUGGUGGCAAUCUCUCGCUUGGCGUUCUCUCCCAUAUUUCCCAUCCGCACAAGGCAAUCCAACCCCUGGCACUUUCUGAGCCCCUAGCUGGCGCCUUGCCUAUCUCGCCAUGGGUCUCGUUCUCUCUGGAUUAUCCCUCUGUAGAGGAGAACAAGAAUAAAGAUAUACUUGCGCCCUCGGCCCUGGAAAGGUGGUCGUCACUGUACGCUGCAGGCUCGGAGCCGGAUAAUUAUAUGGAGCCGCUUAGAGCGCCAGCAGAUUGGUGGAAGGAUCUUAAAACCGCAUUCCCGAGCACGACUUUCGUUGUGGGCGAGCAUGAAUGUCACAACGGCCCCAUCAUAUCUUUGAUGAUCGGUGAUCAAUCGGAAACAGAGCAGGGGAAAGCAUAUGCGUCGUUUUUGAUGUCGAAACUUUGA